AUGACACUUUCUAUCUAUCUAUCUAUCUAUCUAUCUCUUUUUUUUUUCAUUUUUUUUAUUUAUUCUUUCAACACUAUUAAUCUGAAUCUCUUUACGUCUAUCCCUUUUUAUUUCUCCCUAUUUUUCUUUCUAUCUUUCUUUUUUCUUUCUUCUUUCUUUCUUUCUUUCUCAAACUCACAAUCGAUUAAUUUUUCUUUCUUUCUUUCUUUCUUUCUUUCUUUCUUUCUUACAGUUCUUCAGGGCCAUAUGUGGUCUGUCAAUCUCUUCCCUUGUGCUAUUAUUUUCCUAUUGUUUGUCUUUCUUUCUUUCUUUCUUUCUUUCUUUCUUUCUUUCUUUCUUUUUCUUGCCUUCGAUGUGUCUUGUAAUAGCAGUGUUGCCACUGGUUGUUCAGAUGAUGGUGGUAGCGGUCGUGGCGGUGGUUGCAAUGCAAAUGUCAAACAGGAGAUUAGGCCUUCCUUUAAGCGACGUGGAUGCCGAGAAUGUCAUCAACACACCGCAUUUCGUUUUCGAAAAGAUAUUUAUAACAUGGAAGAAUUUUGUUCCUCUCUUUCUCUCUCUCUCGCUUUCUCAAUUAUCUACCUUUUUCUGUCUCUCUCAAACUCUAUAUUUUUCUCUCGCUCAUUAUCUCUUGCCGAAGCCGUCUCUGUAUUUUUCUCAUACAUUAGAUUCUGUCUCUCACUUAUAUUUUCUCUCUCACUCUCCUCCUUUCAGACUAUCAGUGUUUCACUAUUUAUCUCUCACUUUCUUUCUCUGUGUCCGUCUUUCUAUCUCUCUUUCAACAUCUCUCUCUCUGCAUCUAAAGCUGAUAGUGUUCAUUUCCCAUUUAAUACUGUUGGGAACUGCGCGACAGUAACUGUCCCACCUCUCUCUCUCUCUCUCUCCUCGUCAACACGCACAUUUUGCGAGUGGCACGACAAAUGA